ACAUAUCGAACAAUUGUGUUCAGUAAUUUAUGUUACACGAUUCAUAGAAUUAUUCUCACACAUUCAAUUGUUAUUCAAUAGAAUUAUUACGCCGUGGCGUGUGGCGUAAAAUAAAUAAAAUAUAAUUCGUCUCCUUAAAAAUUUUCUGCUCUCUGCACAAUACCAGAUUCUGCCACAAUAGUUUUCAGGUUCGAAAAUGGGAAGUUUUCUCAAUAAAGUUGGAGUUGGCGAUGGAGAUCCCGAAAGCCAACGUGAUGCAUUAUCGAUGAAGGAAAACCGCGGAAACGCAUCAAACAUCAUGGAAAAAUUCAAGAUAACAGAUUUGCACAGGGCAAGCAUGAAAGGAGAUAUUGAAAGUGUUGAUCGUGAACGACAAUGCGUAGACAGCAUUAAGGAAAAAGACGACCAAGGAAAUACGCCUCUGCAUAUCGCAUCAAUGUGUGGAAAAGUUGUAGUAGUAGAAAAAUUGCUAGAGUCAUAUAGAAACCAGAUUCUUACGGAAAACAGCUGGAAACAGACAGCCCUACACAUUGCAGCUGCCGAGGGACAUUUUGAAGUCGUUAAAAAAAUACUCGAAAAUGCUGGCGAGGAUAUGGGUGCUUUACUUAUGAAGAAAGACAAAAAUAAAGCAACCCCUCUGCACCAUGCCGUAUAUGGGAAACAUAAAGAAAUUGUCCGCAUUUUGGCGACAAAGUGCAGGGAAUAUGAUAGAGAAAUUGAAAACAAAAAUUUGAAAAUAAACGCAAAACAAAAAAAUGAAAUGACUCCGUUACAUCUGGCAUGUGUUGUUGGAGAAAUUGAGAUAAUCGAGGCUUUGGUGAAUAACGGUGCUGAAAUAAAUGAAACUUGGGAGAGUGGAGCAACACCACUGAUUACAGCAGCGAAAUAUGGACAUGAGAAAAUUGUGGACUAUCUUAUUGAAAAAAACGCAGAAAGAGAAACUAAAACUCGUAAAGGAUACACAGCUUUGUUGACAUCAGCAAAGUAUGGACAAUCUCGCGUUGUUGUUUAUUUGUUGAAUACGGCACAAGUUGAUAUAAAUGUACAAGCAAAUGAUAGUACUAUUAUCCACGUGUGUGCAACAAAAAACCAGUUGACAGUUUUAGAAAAGAUAAUAGAAGAAAGUGGAAAGAAAAAAGAGCUCAUUGCUAUGGUGAAUAUUCCGGAUAAGAACAGAAACACUCCACUUCACAUUGCAGCAAUGAAAGGUUAUUUCACAUUUGCAAAGUUUCUCUUGGAGCAACUCGGUUGUGCAAAAAGCUCGAAAAAUAAAGAUUUCAGGACACCGUUCCACCUGGCUGUUAUCAACGGGCACGUGAAGAUUGUGAAAUAUCUUUUAGAUUUAGAUAACAGAUUAGUUUAUGACACUGAUAAAAAUGAAAACACAGCACUCCAUUUGGCGGCGUUGGAAGAAAGAGCCACUUGCGUUCGAAUACUGUUGCAAUCGGGGGCUAAUUUUUACGCCGAAAACAAAGACGAUUUAACGCCUCUAGAUUGCUGCGCGGCAAAUGACAGACAGAAAGGUGCCGAACUUCUGAUCGAAUCGGGAGCCAUGAUAAAAUCAGACGAAAAUCGGACUUGGAAGCCUUUACACAAAGCUUGUGAGAAGGACAAUGUUGAUAUGGUCAAGCUGUUACUUGACAAUGGCGCAGAUGUGGGAGAUUUGGAUGAGAAAAAACUUAAUGCAUUGGAUGUUGCUGCGGAGAACCAUAGCCAAGAUUGUGCAAUGUACAUCAUUGAAACAGAUGACUGGAAGAAAGCUCUAAAAGCCGCGAAACCGCGCAAUUCCGACAACAAAGAAAAUCGGCAAACACCAAUGCGCAGGCUUAUAAGAAAUCUACCAGAAGUUGCUGAAAAGGUUAUGGACAAAUGCAUUACCGAAGGUAUUUAUUUAAUUACACCAUGA